CAAGGUAUUUCUUCGCCGUUGCUACGCUCUCAGCUUUCUUACUGAGAGUAAAGAUGGUGACAGUUUCGAUCUCUCCAGCACCAGUAGCACAAUCUCUUUACUCUUGCAACCCGCGAAACGCACCGUUUUUUUCUCUUCUAAGCGGGCCGUUUCAAGCUACAAAGAAGCUCUCCACUCUGGGUCACUCCUCCUCUAGCUCGAUCAGUUUCAAUCCUCUCAGGUUUUCGAUAAUAUACAAGGAAAUGAAGAAGAAGAGUAGAGGAUCACGUGCGGUUUGCUAUGUUGCACCUCUCUCUCCUCGGAAUCUCCAGUGGAUCUCCACCAUCUCUUCUACGGUUCUAUUGCUUGCAAAAGGAACUGCGAUUCAAAAACAAUUUCUUGUUCCGUUGUUCGCAAUUCAAGCUCCGGCGAGCAUCAUUUCAUGGAUGAAGGGUGAAUAUGGUCUUUGGGCAGCAUUCUUGGCACUUCUCGUCCGUCUCUUCUUCUACAUUCCCGGUAUUUUUUCUUUGCCAUUUAUAGCACUAAUCUUGGUGAUUGUUGCCCUUACCAAGCAAUCAACUAAGGGAACACAACUAGGUGCUAUCGUCCUGGUGAUCGCAGCUUAUUUGGCGCAUUUCUCACGAGCAGGCAGCUUGCAGAAGGCAUUCGACCAAGGUUCAGUUAUUGCCACCAUAGCCAUCGUUUGCAUCACUGCUGUCUCCUUCUUGUUUCUGAUCGCAUUGUAAUUUAAAAUCAAGAAUUCUGUCAAGUUAUUGAACAAGUGUAGAGGGAGACGGUGUAAGAAUAAUCCUUAAUUUGCAGACCUUUGUUCUUGUGUUAAUAUGGUGAUAAUUACUUGGCUCUGCUUUCUCUGUGUCGUAGUCGGUGGAAACUAGGAAGCCCUCUUGAAAUAAUACAAGUUUCGUUUUCAGGGGAA